AUGGUUGACCGACCAAAGAAGCCAUUGGCGCUAGCCACAACCCCGGGUCUACCACCUCAACCUCAGGUCAACUUCUCCAAAGACAAUUCGCGAGUCACAGCUGUCCUUCCCACUGGCGAGAGCGUCGAGGUCCUUUUCUAUGGCGCUACCGUUAUCAGCUGGAAGAAUCGCUUCGGAAUAGAGAAGCUCUGGUUGUCUGAUGCCGCUAAGCUCGACGGAUCUAAGGCCGUACGAGGUGGCAUUCCUCUGGUCUUUCCCGUAUUCGGCACAGCUCCUAAUCACGCUGCAACCUCGAAACUACCCCAGCACGGCUUUGCGCGCAAUUCGCGGUGGGAAUUCCUUGGCAAGUCUAGCUCCGAGUCGACCGGGCCGUCUGACACCUCCGUCAAGCUCGACUUCGGCCUCUCAUCCGCCACCCUAGAGGAGAAGACGAAGAGCCUAUGGCCCUAUACCUUCUCCAUCAUCUACAGCGUCACCUUAACCCCGGAGAACCUGAGCACGAGCAUCGUCGUUACCAACGAUGGUGAACAGCCCAUCGAUUUCCAGGUCCUAUUGCAUACGUAUCUACGAAUUGAUGACAUCUCAAAGAUCCAGGUGACGGGUCUCGAGGAGUCAGAAUACGUCGACAAGGUGGAUGCGGCUAAGGCAAAGACACAGUCGGGCGCUAUAACCAUCACGGGCGAAACAGAUAGAGUGUACACGCCGGCCAAGGGUCCCUCAAACCCGGUGGUGGUCGCAGAGGAUGGCGAGGCGGUUUUCAGCAUCGUACGGGACAACCUUAAGGAUGUUGUGGUCUGGAACCCGUGGACGGAAAAGGCGGCAGGCAUGGGAGACUUCGAGCCCAAGGACGGUUUCAAGAAGAUGAUCUGCAUCGAAGCAGGCUCUGUCAGUGGAUGGACUACACUGGACCCGAACGACGCAUUCGAGGGCGCCCAGACGAUUUCCGACUGA